UGCGCGGGAGAAACGUGAACGUGUUUACCCAGGAGAUUCGGUUCGAACGCGGAUAAACCGUGGAACAAGAGGAGAGUGACGAGAAGGAGCGGCGUGGCGGUUAGGAAGGCCGGCAGUGUGACGGGCCGCGUGGUAGGAGGUUGCCGCGAUUCAAUUUCAGUCGAAGCGCGCCAGGCAGACCGAGCGCCAGCAAGAACCGGCUGCUCUCUUUUCCACACCUCGUACCUCGUUUUUCGAGCCACGCCAGUCGAAUAUUCUCUUUCCGCGAGUGUGUGCGUGCUACCCAUCCGCCUCUCUCUAUCUCUCUCUUUCUCUCUCUCACUUACCUCUUUCUCUUUUCGUUCACUCUCUUCGUUCUAUUCCCUGUCCUCCACAGCAUCUGUCUUUCUUUCCCUGUCCCUCCGUUCAACGGUUGUAUUCGUGGGACUAGGAUGCACAUGUACCGGCCGAGAGAGGGGGUAGCCCAUGGCGCGAGUGUGUGCGCGUACGAGCCUCCAGCAUCCCAGCAAGUGUUUACAUCGUGGUGCGUGUAACCCACCGUUCGUGGACAACCGUUGCUCGGGGAACCAGUAUCCUCUAACGUUUUAGAACGUAUUCAAGAAAAAAGACGGUGUGCACGUAACGACCUAGUUCCGCGAAGGGAGAGUAUUAACCGAGUAUCUCGAAUAUCGAGACCGAACCUCGAUACGUAUCGAAUCGAAUUCAAUCGAAUCGGCGAUUCCCGUUCGCGACGGUUGAACGUUGAGCACCGCGUUGGGACCUCGGUAGGGUUUUUCAAACGGUUUCAAGAGGAAUACGAAGCGUGAACGUAAGAAAUUGUAACCGUUGAAGGGACUACUCGAAAUUAUCGAUUCAAACGAAGAGGCGAGCUGGUUUACGAUAAUCGAACGGUUCGGCGGUGCUACGGGGCAACAUCGAGCAUAUUCAUGAACGAGUGAUUCUCGAUAUCAUCGAAUCAAAUCGAAUCGAGUCACAUCCGAGGUUUCCGUUGACGGAGUUCGAACGUUAACGUGGUUGCGUUCGGAGGAUUGUUGAAGUGGGAUUGCGAACGAAUCGAACGUUAAAAUGUGUACGUUCGAGUCGAACGAACGAGCCAGGAUCGAGACUGAACUAGACGACGUUACAUCGAGCGGCUUCGCGAUGUUCGAUCGACCGGUGUACCGAUGUACUUUCGUCGCGUUGUAAACUUGUAUUGUGUAACACGUGACCGUUUAGCCGCCAUGACCGCGAGAGGAUAAGGAAGAGGGAAUCCGCGAUCCGUGAGAAUGGAAUUCGGAGGGUACAAAGGCACCGGUCCCCGUGUUAGGGUGCGACGACGCGCGGAAUUAGGCAGACGGCUCACCAGGAGGUUAUCCCUGGUCGCGAAAAUGCCGGCUGCCAUUCUUAGCAGAGCGAACCCGCCCGAGCCAAGGCCGGUCGAGAUCACGGCGAUCGCACCUGACAAGACGCAGCUCACCCUACCUGGCGCGUCUCCCGGAGCCAUCUCAACCGUGGUCGCUCCCGUGCUGUUGAAGUACCGGGUCUGCAGGCCCAGAUUGUUGCUCGCUGGGUCCAGGGCCGAGGUCGAUCCCGCGGCCGACGUCGGACUCUUGCACGGGGAGGUUUUGCUGAUCGAGGACUCCGCCAGGCAAUACGAUCCGAUAGGAGAUACCGAUCGCAGGUACAGGGCCACGGAGAAGCUCCUGCACGCUGAAGAGGAGUACCACGAGGCUCUGUGCAGUGCCAAAGAGUUGUACGCGAGGCCGCUCGCGCGGAAUCAUCCUGAAUUUCACGAUGUCAUCUUCCAGCCGCUCGCAGACCUCGCCGUGGUCACUGCCGAGCAUUGCCAGAGGACCCGCAGGAUGCUCGAGAAUUGGGACGCAAAUACCUUCAAGUCGGGUGACUUAUUCCCCGGCUCGUUUUGGAACUCUUACUGGGAAUACCUGGAAAGCUACGGAGAGGCCAAGCGGAUUCUGGACGAGCUGAGAACGGCCGAGGACCCCCUACUGCACUUCCUCGCUCUGAGGCAGGCCGCUGCCAGGCACUCGCCGUCCACGUUGCUUCUUCUACCGGUCCAGAGGCUGGCCGAAUACGAGAGGUACCUGGGCCAGGAGGCGAGGAAUCUCGUGGAGAACGGAAACGGAAGCGUCGGCAGCGGCGCUGUUCUCCAGCGCGGCCAGCUUGAAGGCGAUCUCCAUCGCAUCCAAGAACUGUUCCCCGGCGAUAAUCUGCGACUGCACGAACGGGAUGUCCUCACCACGAAAAUGAAGAGCCUGAUCCGCAAGAGGAGCGGCGGGAAUCCCGGAAGGCUGACGAGAGUGCUCUCGCAGAAGUCGUUAAAUGUGUCCAGCAACUCGCCAGCCCCGAAAUCUCCGCCGAGGACAUUCCUGUUGGAAACUCCGGUUCAGUUCACCACGGGCGUUCAGUCUCAGGAAAGACACCUCUUCCUGUUCUCGGACCUGUUACUGAUCGCGAAAGCUAGAAGCGGGGGUAACUUCAAGCUGAAGCAGUCCGUGAGGAUGAGUGAGCUGUGGCUGACAGCCGGUCACAUCGAGGACGUGGCCGAGACGAGCAAAUCUCAGGAGACCAGCUUCGUCCUCGGCUGGCCCACCACAAACGUCGUCGCCACCUUCAUGACCGCAGCAGCCAGGGAUCUCUGGUGGGGACGUUUGACCGAGCUGGUACGGGAGGAGAGCAUGAAGGAGCCGCCGGACACGAACAUUCAAGUCGUGUAUCACGACAGUGACACGAGCACGGAAUGCUGCAAGACGAUAAUGGUCGGGUCCGAAAUGACGGCGGCAGCUUGCGUAAACCUGGCCACGAGAUUGCUGGACCUGCAAGGACCGUUUCAGCUGUGGGCGAGGACGUCCGCGGACGAGGCGCCUUAUCCUUUAAUCGGCCACGAGAGACCGUUCGCCGUGAAGCUGUCCAAUCUGAGACACACUCUGUCCGCGGAGGAGGGCUUCGACUUGGAACACUGCAACAAGAGCGGUCACGACACCUGCCACUUCAUCCUGAGGCCAGUGCCCAAGUCGCCGGUCAAGAAGAACAAGUCCAAGAUCACCGGACUGCUCAGGAGAUCCCUGUCCUUGAAUCCCAGCCUGUUCGGCGUGAACCUGUCCAGGCUGGACGAGAACGGUCUGCCGAAACCGGUGCUGGUGAUGCUCCAGCAGCUGUUCGCCAAGGGUCCGUUCACGCAGGGGAUCUUCCGGAAGUCCGCGAACGUGAGGAUCGUUCGGGAAUUGCGGGAUCAGAUCGAGUCGACCGGUGAUCCGAGUUGUUUGGAGGAUGCACCGAUCAUAGCGGUCGCGGCCCUGCUAAAAGACUUCUUGAGAUCUUUGCCGGAUCCUCUGUUGACCUCUCACCUCUUUCCCUUGUGGAUGGACAGCCUCGACACACCAAAUCCCAUUCAAACUAUUAAAAAUAUUUUAGAUAGAUUGCCCAAAGCCAAUUACACCCUACUGUCGCACCUGAUCUGCGUGCUUCAUCACGUAGCGCGGAGGUCGAAGCACAACCUGAUGUGCGCCAGCAAUCUCGGUGUCUGUUGCGGACCCAGCUUGCUCUGGUCGCCGAAUCCCUCGGUGAACCAGAGCAGGGCCAUUCCUACGCUGACCGAGAUGCUGAUACGUCACUGCGAGGUUCUGUUCGGCGAGGGAAUCACGCAGCUCCUCGGAGAGGAGCGCAGCGACAGCGGAGCCGAGGAGAGCACCGAUAGCCUUCACUCAGGUGGGCUUUCCCUGGACAGCCUGGACCUGACGGAACCGCCGCGAAAGGACCACAUGUCUUUGUCGCGAGAUUCGGGUUUGACCCUGUCGGAUUGCCAGUUAUUCAUUCCAGAGUCACCAGUGGGCUCCGAGGAUUCCGCGGUGAACGCGUCCUCGUCGAGCUUCGACAAACCUCUCGGCAAAGAGGACAAGUCCACGAGCAAGUCGUACAUCCGCGUGUACGGCGGCUGGGAGGAGAGGAUAAACGGUUACACGGCGAGCAGUCAUCACUCGAGCACGACUGUGGAGCACGCCGGUUUCCGGGACGAGAAGAGUAACAUCGGUUACCCGAACCCGAACUUCCAGAGGCAAGAUUGGCUGAGGGCCCAGCUGAAGAGGACGCCGCGAACGAAGCUGGAGGAACACGAACACCGGAAAGAGAGGUUCGACGAGAAAGACAUCUACAGCAGGGAGUUUCUCAGGCAGGAUUCAAUGAAGGAGAACGUGGAGAACUGCAAAGACAUAUAUCGGAGCUCGCAGCUGGACGUGUCACGGGACCUCAGGUCGGAAUACGAGCGCGCCUCGCAGCAGGACAUCUGCACGGAGCGCGUUUCCAUUCACAAUUCGGAGCAGGACUUGACCGUGGACGCGUCGCUGCCCUGCGACAGAUACGAGGAGUUCAAGAAGGAGCUGUUCAGCGAAUUCAAGAAGGUCAAGUCGGAGGUGUACGUGAACAGGGAGUCGCCGGUCUCGCAGAACGGUAGCUACCACUCGAGCAGCGAUCUGUACGAGUUCAAGAAGGUGAAGAGCGAGAUCUACGUGAACAAGGAGAGCACGAGAACCGAGAGAUACGAGUCCGAGAGCAGCAUCUACGGGAACAGAGACAGAACAGAGAUAUACGGCUCGAGGGAACGGAACGAUCUGUACUCGUUCAAGCAGGCCGAGGCGAUCGAUCUGUACGGCGACGAGGACGAGGAGGAGGAGAGAACGUGGCCGGACACGCCACCGCCGCUACCGCCGAGACUGAGGCAUUUGCCACCAGUGCAUAUGAAUUUAGAAGACAGGCACAAAGUGGCGGGCAGGUCAAGGUCUCUUCCGCCUCCGCCUCCUUACAGACCGCCCCCGCAGCCGCGCGCCUCGGUCACCGGUCGACACUUAGGUUACGGGAGGUCGGUCGUGGACGACGAAAGCUACGUUUGAGAGGAGGGACGGCCAGCAACAAACGCUGCGCCUCGAGACUGUUCCGCGUGUAUCGCUUGCGCGCGAUACUUUACCGAACCCGGGAUUCUUGGAGUUAGCCCCGCGAUCGUGCCUAGGCUGUCUAAAAAUCCCGGUUCACGAAGCUGUCGGCAAUAAAGCGGCUCGAAGGACACCCGCGCGGUGACCUCGAACGCUUCAUUUGGACCGCGACAGAGGUCACGGAUGCGCGUCGGCUCGCGUGGAUGUGAUCUUGUUACGACUGAAACUAGUCCAAAACUGGAACGCACGAUAUCGGGGACAAUAGCGUUUAUGUAUAUCUAAUAACACAUGGUCGUCACCGUCGAAAACGGAGGAAGCGCGCCGCGUCCGUCGUCUCGAUCACACGCGAAACGAACAAAUUUUAUUGUUAGCAGGGAGGACGGGCGACGUGAAGCGUUCAUGUUCGAACAGAGUCAAAUUAGCGCGCCGUCGGUUUUUGGCGAUUCUUAGCGAUAGACUUGACUGUUACACAGUGAUUCAGGGUGCUUCCACGAACCUUAACCGAUAGGUUUUCUUUUUUCUCUUUUCCCUUCUUCUUCUUCUCCUUCCUUUCUUUUUAAUUAGACGUUUAUUAUAAAGUUGUUAUAUUGUAUAAGUAUAGACUGUAGCGGACAAGACUUGCGUCGAGAUGAUAUUAUUCGUAACUCUUUUUCUUACGCGAACGAGAGUAGUUGUAAAAAUAUAUAUAUAUAUAUAAAUACAUAUAUAUGUGUACAUGCCGAGUGUUUAACGUCGCAUGUCAUCGCCGAAGGAACAAAGAAAGCAAAACGGUCUCCGCGGAUGUUCGAUCGAACGCUGCCCUGUAGAGUUUAGGAAAUAUUCUAAAUGUUCGUUUCCAUUCGUCGUAAUUACCGUUCAAAAAUAUAUAGCCGAUACGCACAUCAUCGUCGAAAUGUCUCGUGAGUUUGGUAUCGUUCGCGAACUCGUUUCGGACGAUCGGCGAAUAGCAACUGGUCGCGUUUCACCGGAUUCCCUUGUCACCUCUGUAUAUUCUCGUCUCGUUUCCCCAAUUUUCACGGACUUCUGAGAAAUUCGUUCAGCCGCGGAAAUAAACGUGACCUUAUUUCUCUCGAUUUUCCCUUCGAUUAAUUAUAAUUAUCAUUUCCUCCCUCCCAAGCCCCGCUCCCGUUUGUUCUACUACUUCUUAAAACUUAGAACUUAUAAAUUGUAGAGUGCUUCGUACUGCGGAUGCAAGCGCGAUUAUCUUAAGGCAAUAAGAUAUACACCAGAAUGUUGUCGAGAAUCAGCGUUGCAAUUGUUUAAUCGCUAAAAAAACCGAGACAGAGAAAGAGAGAGUUUUCGUUCAUUGUAAAUACGAAUAAUUGUAAUCUUUUAUAUCGCUAGAACGUAUUACACGAUACGCACGCCCUAUGCAACGCCCGUAAGGUAAUGUAUACUUUAUCUAAAUUAUACGACAUGCUAUGAAAGGUUAAAUAUAUUUCGUAUU